CAGCCGCGCGAUCUGACUGGCUGAGCGCUGCUGACAUCACGCCGGCCAGCCGUUGAUUUGCCGCUGUCUCUGAGGCUGCGGGCGAGAGUCUCAGCCAUGGGCUCCGGCAGUUAGGCGCAGACGGAGGAGCUCUCGCUGCAGACCGAGCCACAGAGAGGAGGAGGAGAGGCGGAGGUGGAGGAGGAGGAGGAGGGGCGCUUUAGGGAGCGCAGCGGCGCAUGCAGCCUCUGGUACUAUGGAAACUAACCCUCUGACCGAUGGAAAUAAUGACCGCCGACAUGCGUCAGGUUCCUGAAGGACAUGAGCGCCGUGUCGGCGGCCCGCGCUGCACCGAUCGGGCUCCGGGGCCGGUGAAGGGGACAUGGGCCGCCGCCUCACGCUCAGCACAUGCGACGACACGCUCCGCAGCGCCACUGAAAGCGACGAGGGUUCGGUCUUCACGGCAGGGCGACGUCAGCCGGCCCGCAGCGCGCAGCAGAACAUCCGCUUCCAGGCUCUUGGUCGACGCUCCAGGUAGCCGUGUCUGAUGAGGAUGUCUGAUUCUGUCUCCGAGACUAUGAGAUCUCUGGACGAGAACGCCUCGACCGCAGACGCGCCAGAGAGCCGCACGCACGAGGAACACUGCAGCGACGACAGGAACGAGACGCAGCGGCACACACCCGGAGCGGCCGCUAAAAGACCCAAGUCGAACGCGAAGGUAAAGUUAGUUCGGAGCCUGGCCGUUUGUGAAGAUCCCUGUCCUUCCACGAUUACCACGCAGCUGCCUCAAGAUCAGCAGGAUGGAGAUCAUAUUAAACUCUCCCAGACGUUUGACAAAGAAGAAUCGCCUCUUACUGCAAAUGAGGACGAUAAAAGUGCCAACAAGCUGGAGAAAAUGCCACGCAAGAUGCUGUCCAGAGAUUCCAGUCAGGAAUACAAGGACUCCACUGGCAUCGACCUGCACGGGUUUCUGGUGAACACACUGAAGAACAACCCCAGGGACCGAAUGAUGCUGCUGAAGCUGGAGCAGGACAUCCUCGACUUCAUCAGUAAUAAUGAGAGUCAGAGGAGGAAGUUUCCGCCCAUGACCUCCUAUCACCGAAUGCUCCUGCACAGAGUCGCUGCUUACUUCGGCUUAGACCACAACGUCGACCAGAGCGGCAAAUGUGUCAUCGUCAACAAAACCAGCAAUACACGAAUACCAGAUCAGAAGUUUUCUGAACACAUCAGAGACGACAAGACGGACGAUUUCCAGAAGCGCUACAUCUUAAAAAGGGACAACUCCAGCAUAGACAAAGACGACAGCGUGAUGCGCAUGAAACUGAAGGAGGACAGGAGGAGCAAGUCCAUCGAGGAGCGAGAGGAGGAAUAUCAGAGAGCAAGAGACAGGAUCUUCGCUGAUGGUUUAGACACCUUUCCGCUGGACAGAAGGAUUCAAGAGGACGAGGUGUGCAACAACAUCCAGCAGAGACGGCAGAUCUUCAGACUGAAAGACGGCCGGUCGGGGAGCAGCCGCCAAAGCAGCUCAGAGAACGAGGCCAAGUAUUCGGAGCCGCGGCCGUGGAGCAGCACCGAUUCGGACAGCUCCAACCGCAACCUGAAGCCCGCCAUGACCAAAGCCAGCAGCUUCAGCGGGAUCCCGGUUCUGAUCCGCGGAGACAGUUCCAGCAGCGGCAAGAGCGUGGGACGGCUCUCAAAGACAGGUUCUGACUCUUGUAGUAGCGUAGGUUCGUCCACGGGUUCGCUCGCUCGAUCCCAGCCUCCUCCGGCCGCCGCGGCUCUAACGCAGCCCGUGGCCUUCCCCGCUGUCAGCGCUAGCGGCGGCGUUUCCUAUGAGCCGCCGGCGUCCACGGCUAGCGCUAGCUACUAUCUGCUUCCGCUGGACGCCGCAGGGAUACCGGCCGGAAGUAUCCUGGUCAACCCGCACACAGGUCAGCCGUUUCUGAACCCUGACGGCAGUGCAGUCGUCUACAACCCCAGCGUGGCCUCACAGGCCCCCAGGUGUCAAUCAUCUGUAGCUCCGCCUCCAGCCGCCCACCCCCAGCACCAGCCCACCAAUCACGUCAUGCCGCAGCCUCUCUGGUCUGUCCAGCCGUCGUCCGCUCCGCCCGUCCAGCACUCGCCGCUGUCUUACCCGCCGAUCCUCACAGUGUCUCCCAACCAGCCGCUCACUGUGCAGGAUAAUCUGAGCGCUCAGUUCAGUCAUAUGAUGCUGGUCCAGCCGGGCUCGGGCGACGGCCGUGACGCUCACGCGGCCGUUUACCCGCUCCAGACCCCUGCGCCUCCUCCGCAUCAGACCGGAUACGUGAUGCCCUCGCCGGGACAGACUGUGGCCAACCCCGCGUUUCCCGCUCCGCCCGCCGUCAGCCAGCAGCCGCAGCAGAGCUUCAUCCAGCAGCAGAUGCCGUCGUGUUACUGUUCGCCCAGCCAGUAUCCGGUGUCUGGACAGCCGUACCGACCCGUGGGUUCAGUGCCGUACAGCGCUCAGAGUCAGAUGCCUCCCGCACACGCGCAGCAGACAGGUUACCAAACUGUGAUGCCAAAUCAGCAGCAGAACUACCAGAACAUCAUGCAGCCGCCGCCCAAUCAGACCCUGGUCAGCGGCCAGCACAGCAAUAUGGGAAAUCAGAUGCAGGGCAUGAUGGUCCAGUAUCCAUCAGUGCCGUCUUAUCAGGUGUCCGUGCCGCAGCAGACGUAUCAGCAGCCCGUCAUCAGCCACGCUCCCGUUCCUGCCUCCAGCAUUCAGGUGUACUACAGCAUCAUACCUCCCAACCAGCAGAACCACGUCAGCUCCUCCGUGGGGUUCCUGCCUCCUCCAGGAGCGGAGCAGAUGCCGUUCCACCGCACCUCGCCACCCUGCGGCUCGCAACAGAUUCCCGCCCAGCAGUGCUCAGGUGCUCCGCCCCCAUCAGCAGGUGGGAUGGUGAUGAUGCACCUGGCGUUACCUGCAUCCCAGCAGCCUCAGUCACAUUCACCACAACAAUGGAAACACAACAAAUACUACAGCUCCGAUCACAUGCGCUCACAGAAACCCAGCGACGUCUGCGCUCUGGAACGGUCACGAAACAGUCCUCAGCUGGGCAGCCCGUCCUCCUCACCGGCUCAGUCGCCCGCGCCGACACACCUCACUAGCGUGAAAAACAUCCGUCCCAGCCUCAACAGCGUUCCCAUCAUGCCUCACUUCUCCAGAUCCUUCGUUUCAGGACAAGGUGACGUGCGUUAUCCUCUGCUGGGACCGACGCUCCAGUACAACCCUCAGAUCCGCCCUCCGUUACUUCAAGCCCCGCCCAUGGUGUCCAGUCAGGCUCCGGUGGGGAUCCGGCCCGCGGGUCGAGGCAGGAAGCCGCCGAGGAAAGCGCUGUCUACAGAUCUCAGUUGACGGGUCGUGUGCUGGAGGUGGCGCACCUGCCCGCGGGCGUCAGUGGUGUGGAGGCCGGCUCUCUGCUGUGACACCUGUGCGGGGCACGAGCUCCAGUCAGCGGCGACCCACGUCCUCCCACGCCGUCCUGCUCACAUUCCCCAACGGGACGCUCUUCGGACCCGCGGCGAGCGGCCGAUUCACAGCGUCUCUGACGGACAGACUGACGCCGGGUGGAACUGAACGCAGCCGUGUUCUGCUCUCGUUGGACAGUUGACUGGAACAUAUCAAAAUACAGCCGGAACUGUGUUCUUCUUUAUUUUUUUAUCACCGUUUAUUGGUUCGUUUUUGUUUUUUUUUUAAUUUGAAUAAUCUGGUGUUCGAACACUUCAGAUGGACUUCUUCCAUUCGGUUUCACAUUUGUAUUCGGUCACUUUCUUCACCAGCCGUUGGCGCUCCGUGUGUCGCGGCGUGCCUUCAGUCGGACGAACAAACACAAACGCGCGUCCCGGGACAAACACAACCUGCUUUUUUGUAAAUAAUUUAUAAAGUAGCUGUGUAAUUCAGUUGAUUCUGUGAAUUGUGGGAAUAGACGCCGGUAAGAGUGACAGCAAUUCUUUUUUGUUUUGUUUUGUUUUGUUCAUUUCUUUGUUUUUAAUUUAAGACGUCACCUCAGCAGAUCCACUGUCACGUUUUUAAUAAGUUGAACGGUUGUGUUUGCCGUUUUCACACACGUCAUGUCAAUUCUUGUUUUUUUGGGGUCUUUUAAUAUUAUAUUCGUACUGGGGAAAAUAAAAAGAGAAAACCAAUUAAAAAGAACAACAGUUUGCACAUUUAUACAAACUCUAUAUAUAUAUAUAUAUAUAUAUAUAUAUAUAUAUGAAUCUAUUUUUCUUUAGAAAUGCGUGUAAGUCUGAAAGACUGUUGGAUGUUUACUGGUGCGAGUCCAUUUUUAUUUCAGUUUGAGAACCAAUAAAUGUUUACAGCAAAUGAUCUACUUUAUCAAACGCUGACGUGAAUCAGUCUGUCGAUUCUCUCCAUGUACGUUGCUCUUCCUGCCUCUGUCAUUCAUCACGCUUUAUUUUCCGGCGACGGUUCAUAAAGCGGCGGCACGACGUCGGCUUCCUCCGAUCCGAGCGGACGGACGGCGUCGUUCAUCUCAAUUCUGCUUUUAUUGGCUCAUUUGUCUGCUACAUUAACCUGCCGUUCACCUCAUCCGUGCGAACGCCCCGCAGUUCAUCUAGAUUCUUCUCUGUAUUUUCCUCCUCCAAUAACGUCAAAGUAAUUUGGCAAAGGAAAAAUCCCCCACCUGCCGGUGUUCUUAUUGAGCCGGAGGGAGCCGGAGGUGCCGGAAUCCGUAAUGGAUGGCUUCAUCUUCAUACGAAUGUCCGGUAAGGGUGUGAAUUGGCUCUGUGCCGGCGAGAUUAUUAACGUGUAAUUAAAUCAACAUCUGGAGAGCUCGGCCGCACGAGGAUGAGGUCUGCUCAUAAAGCCUCCGUCGAGCUUCUGUUUAUUCAGCAGUAAUUGAUGUUUUUAUCAGAGAGUCUCCGGUGCUGAAACGCUCCACCGUCCAGUCCUUCUCCGUUAUACCACAGUAAAAGAGUGCAAUAACGCUGUAUUUUGAUCUAAAAACACUGAAGUCACAGCAUAAGAUUGUUUUUUUGUGUUAAAACAGGUUUCGGCGCUGCAGACGAGAGCAUCUUCACUCAUCAUAUAAAACCAACAUAAAUCAGUGCUAUAAAACACAUGAAGACCAGAAAAUGGAGCCUUUUCACAGACUCUGGUGGUUUCCACAAUCAUUUACAUUGUAAAUAUAGCAAAAUAUUAAAAUAUUUUAAUGUACA